UCCAUGCCUUCGUUCAUUUGCUCUUUGAUCAGAUAUGCUAGUAGAAACCGAUACAAAAAUCCGUCAGUUAUGUCACCCUUAGUCAAGACAUGCGUUCCCUUUGCGACCAAAUUGACAAAGAAAUUAGACUUAAACCAAAAAUAUGAGGUAUGCAGAAAACUAAAGGAAUGUGUUAAGACUUUAAACACUUUGCAGAGCAAUGCACAGACUCUUGAAAAGACACGACUAACGCGUGAUAAACUUGCACCUCUGCAUGUUCCAAAUAUGGUUAAAUGGGCGUCAAGUGUAGGAAUAACGUUGGAUGACAUAGAUAGAUUAAAGGUAAUUCAUGUCAGUGGCACUAAAGGUAAAGGGUCAACAUGUGCUUACUGUGAAAGCAUUCUACGACAUCAGGGUUUCAAAACAGGAUUUUUCAGUUCACCUCAUCUUGUUGAAGUAAGGGAGCGAUUUCAAAUAAAUGGACAGCCUCUGUCUCGUGAAAAAUUUGUCACCUAUUUCUGGGAUGUGUUCAACAAGCUAGAAGCUACCAAGGAACAAAAUAAUGAUUCUAUGCCAGCAUACUUUGCUUUUCUCACCCUUAUGGCUUACAAUAUUUUUCUGAAAGAACAAACAGAUGUAGCUAUAAUAGAAGUGGGAAUAGGAGGCGAGUAUGAUAGUACUAAUUUGGUGAGGAAACCAGUGGUGUGUGGAGUUACCUCCCUUGGAAUGGAUCAUGUGUCUAUUUUGGGAAACACCAUUGAGAAGAUUGCUUGGCAAAAAGCUGGUAUUUUCAAACCUGGUGUACCAGCAUUUACAUCGCCACAGUGUCCUGAAGCACUUAAAGUUCUGCAUGAACGGGCAGAGGAAAAGGGGUGCCAUCUUGAAGUUGCUCCUCACUUUGCCUCCUACGAAAGACCAGGUGAAAAGUUUAAGCUUGGUAUAGCUGGACAUAUGCAGAAAGUCAAUGCUUCACUUGCAUUACAGUUGACAAGGACAUGGAUGAAAACUCAGGGAGUUUUAAAAGAGGAAGUUUUGAAUGGUGUGAACGAAGUUGCUGUUGAUGGUCAUGGUGAUAUAGGAGUAGCAAAGUCUUUCCCUUUCAACCAAACUUUGAUAAAUGGUUUAGUUGAAUGUAAAUGGCUUGGGAGAAAUCAGACCAUAAAGAAAAACAGAUUAACUUACUAUCUAGAUGGUGCACAUACCCUUGAAAGUAUUCAGCAAUGUGUUGAUUGGUUCCAAAAACAUUCCAAGAGAGAAGCAGACAGCAUGAGUGGUAAAGUGAUCAAAAUUUUGCUGUUUAACACAACAGGAGAUAGAGAUGUAACACAACUGCUCAGACCACUCAUGUCAUGUGGGUUUGAUGGAGCAGUAUUCUGUCCAAACAUAUCAUACACAACAUCAUCAUCUGCAGACAUAACUAAUAUGACUGUCUCUAAUGAAACACAACUACAGAAAUGUCAGCAUAAUAUGGAAACAUGGAAAAUGCUCUCUCUUUCCAAACGAAAAUAUGGAGAGAUUGAAGAAGUUACAGAAGUUGACAGUCAGCCUGGUAGCUAUUCAUCUCCUUUGAAAAAUGGAGUGCAUACAAACACUGAGAACAACUGCUUGAAUGGUACCAGUUCUUUGAAAAAGUCAAGAUUGACAGAAAAUUGUAACAAUAGUAACUUAUCAUCAGGUCUUGUAGACAAUAGUCAGUCACAUGAUAAUAUAGACCAAUCAAAACAGAAUAGUUACACUGCCUCAACUUCAAGUUGUACAGAUUCUCUGGGUUUAGGCACACCGAAACAACUCGGUACUAACUGUAAUAACUUUUUUGUAAACUUCUCAUGUAUUUAUGAUGCCCUUCUUUGGGCGUCGCAUGGGAGGGACCAGAAUUUGAAGGAUCCUUGUAACCUUCCUGCUCAGAUACAGGAGGCAGAUCAUGUACAGGUUUUAGUUACAGGGAGUAUACAUCUGGUCGGAGGGGUACUUGGAAUUGUUAGUGAUGAUUACAAUUAAACGUUAGUGAUAUGUUUAACUUGAAUAUUUUUUAUGACGGCUUAUUGAUUCAAAUGGGGAAAUUUAUUUUUUUAUCCACUCACACAAUUUGAGGAAAGAAUAAAGUAUUUCCUUGGUUUCUUCAGUUUUUUAUCUGUUUUCGUUAAGUUUUGCAUUGAGGUCCUGGUCAUCUAAGUUACUUUAAAGUCAUAGAUGAAAGAUGUUAUGUACUUAUGUUCAUCAUUGAUAGCAUUAACAGCAGCACCCCAUGCAAAAUUAAAUCACAUCUGUUUACACAUGAAUGAUUUUUUUAAGUUGUCUUAAAUUCACAUUACUUAAGUAUCCAGUAUCUCUGAAAAAGUACAGGGGAGAGAUUAAUAUAUGUGUAUCAUGGUUCGAAUCCUAUAUCAUUUAAAAAAAAAAAAAUUUAGACCUGCAAUAUAAUAGUCAAGCGCUA